AUGGCCACUUCUCGCCCCCACUACUUGGACAACUCGGUCCGGGUUCGAGGAUGCCGCGCCCUAAGAAGCCGGGGGCGCCUGAGCCGAAGCGGCGGAGCAGAACAGGAUGUUGGUGCGGCGCAAGAUGCCCCCACCCCUUACAACCAACCCGCCCUCCUCUUUGAUCAUCGCCUUACUCGAGCAGGGGAAGAUGUUAACUCGACGCGAGGAGCCACCGCCCUUUAUCCAUCGCCAGUUCCCCUCAUACCCGACACGUCCAUGGCCCAGCCCAGCCCACCUCGGGACUACGACCAUACACACUCCCUCUUCCGCCAGCCCCAGGAGCCCACCGCUACUAUGCUCGAUACCUUUGGCCCGGCCGCCGCCCUCCACUCUGCAGGCCGCGUCGUUUCUCCUACAGGGGAGGACUCGAGCACGCCACUCUUCCUACGGUUCCAUCCGCUCGCCAGCCUUAGCGCCCUGGCCUCUCCACCCACUCCCAUGACCCCUUCAUCUUACAGCGACGAUGAUCCCCGUGCAUUCGGAACCAUGGCUGCACAGUCCACUCAUUCAAACCCCGCCUCCCCGAUACCCGACGACUCACCGUCAACUCCCUCCUCUCCGGCCCACCGGGCCCCAUCUACCACAGCAGCGAUGACCCCGCAUGAUCACGCGCACGACAUGGCGCAUGGCGCCGCCGCCGACGACUUCUCCAUAGACGGCAGAUUCGGUGAUCGGCUCAGCGGUCGAAGUUCCGCCACGAGCGGCAACUACUACAAGGACCCCGUUGCGAUCAAGAUCCCGUACAACCUAGAGCCGUUGCCGUCAAAACUCCUAGAAAACCCCAUGAAUCUUCUGCAUCACUUUCUCAACCACACUGCCAGAGUUCUCAUGCCGUAUGAUGACCAGCAGUCCAACCCCUUUAGAAUCAUUCUUCCCCAGAUGGCUGUUAAGAAUGACCAUCUUCUGAGCCUACUACUCGCCUAUUCCGCCUCCCACCGCGCCCGGCUGCUUCAUCAAAAAGAGCCUGGGGUCCGGAUGGCUCAAUGGGUCCAGGACAUCUUCCCCGCACUUCGCGAAGCUCUCAGUGAUAAUGCCCGCGUCAUAUCCAACACGAGCCUUGCCACUGCCAUCAUGCUUGCCUCUCUCGAGAUCAUCUCACCAAAGGCCUUUGGAUACGCUAUCCCCUGGCAGGAACACCUCAACCUCGCCCGGGACCUCAUGCGUAAACGUUUCUCCGGCCUCGCCGCACCCAAGAUCUCGCACUCGAGCUCGCGGGAAGACCAGGUUUGCUCCUUCCUGUGGAGCUGGUUUGCCUACCUGGACGUCCUGGGCGGCCUUUCGGGAGGGCCCCGCAAAUCAGACUCCUCGCCUACACUGCCUCUUGACUACACGGACGACCCCGAUGAGAUUGACUGCAUCACAGGCUUCACAACCCGCUGCGUCCGCCUCCUUGCUCAAACUGCCGACCUUGCACGCCUGGUUGAUUCCCAGCGCACCCGGCACAUGGCUUUUGCCGACCCGAGCUCGCGUCCAGACCACGAAAUCCGCGAACGAGCCUUUGCCCUCGAUGACGCCCUACGGAAAAGCGUUGCCCGCGAGGCCCACCCCUGCAAACAUAUUCGCCCUGAGAAUGUUGACGGCCGCGACAGGGAUGAGAUGAGGGCUACGAAUGAGGCCUUCCACUGGGCGGGCAUCGUCCAGCUACAUAGACGUGCCCUAGGCAUGCCCUCCAGCCACCCCCGCGUCCGAGAGGCCGUCGAAAACAUCAUGGGGUGCCUUUUGCGUAUUCGGAGAGGCGGGACCGCCGAAGUGGGCAUCCUAUUCCCCAUGUUUACGGCAGGCUGCGAAACGCAGGAUCAGCAACAUAGAGACCACAUCCUUGAACGGUUUAGGACUGUGGAGAAGAAUGGCAUGACACAGGUAGGGAGCCCCGGAGCCCCGGAGCCCCGCAUCUUGAUAGAAAGUUUUGCGUGCUGA